UAUACACUUCUUCUCCUGCCUUUUUUUUUUUUUUUACUUUCAUCCUUUUAUAAAAACGACCAUCAUUCCUUCAAGUCGUUUCCUUUUCUUUUUCUUUUUUUCCUUCUUUUAUCAUUCUUCAUUCUACGAUUCUUUCCCUUUCCCUUCGUUGAAAUUUUUAUUAUCUUUUAAAUAACAUGCAACAACAAAGUAAAAUGCGAAAAUCUUGUUCGGAUACCACUGCUGUACCAAAAACAACUACUAUUACUUCUGUCAAACGUCGUUCUUUAGGCUCUCUCAAAUCUCCUACUAACACUAAACAUCAACCUUCUUCUACUGAUAAGCCUUUAGUUUGGCGUUCACCUGGUUAUUGUGAAAUACCAGAUAUCUUGGGAAAUGCCUAUCUCUUACCAACUCAACCUCCACCAAAACCUGCCGUUAAAAAACAAGAACCUCCUGCAAUUAUAAGGCCCCCAUGGUAUCCUGCUUGUGGUAGUAAUUGGUCACCUUCUCCUCCUCCUCCUGUUAAACCUGAUGAAACUCUCUUCGAAAAACGAUUACGAAAAGCCGUUCCUUCUAUUUCACUCAUCUCUUCACCCAAAUCACGUUUUAUUGGAUCAAAAGAAAUUGGCACUGGUGUCAAUGGUUCAGUGAUUCAAGUCAUUGUACGUGGUUCAAAUACUCGAUUGGCUUUGAAACGAUGUAAACUGGAUUAUGAUAGAGAAUAUCGUGCUGCUAUUGUACGUGAAUUACGAAUCAUGGCUACUGGUCACAAUAACUUGAUCAAACUCAAAGAAGCUGCUGUAUACAAGAACGAAGUGUGGAUCGCUAUGGACUUGAUGCGUUGUAGUGUUUUUGCUGUAUUGUGUUGCCGUGGAUUACCUGAAGAAUAUGCUGUCUAUAUUGCAAGAGAAACUCUAAACGCUUUAUCGUAUCUACAUACCAAAGGAUUUAUUCACAGAGAUGUGAAAUGCGAAAACUUAUUGAUCAGUCAUCAUGGUGAAAUUAAACUAGCUGAUUUCGGUUUGGCUACUAGUAUGAAACAUGUGAAUCAAGAAAGACUUGGUACAGCAAAGUGGAUGGCUCCUGAAGUGAUACAAGAACACUCUUAUAAUGAAAAAGUGGACUUAUGGUCACUUGGUAUUACAUUGAUAGAAAUGAUGGAUCGCGUUCCACCUCAUUAUUCAACCAAGCAAGAUGAAGAAGUAUUUCAAAAGAUUCUGGAUGAACCAAGUCCCACAUUCAAUUAUAGUUAUCCUACCAUUUAUUGUACUGGAUUGGUUGCCUGGUUACUGGAGGAAAACCCAGAUAAUAGACCAAGUGCAAAGGAUGUCAUGAUGGAAUUGGAUCUUCAUGUCGAACAAGGUCUAUUGAAAACUUCUAAUGCUCAACAAUUAUCUAACUUUGUCAACAAAACACUUAUCUAGCUUAUUAUUUACUCCUUAGUCCUCCCAACUUUUCUGCAUAUCCCUACUCACUCUUUAUAUCUUUUUUUUUAUGAUUAUUUAAUGAAUAAAAUUAUCUACAUAUUUUUACUGUUU